UCGCGUGCAUUUAAAGUUGUACAUUGAAUUCGGUUGAGCCAUUUCAGGUCUGGAAAAAGGCUUACCUUUUCCAUUUCCCCAAUUCAUAUAGCUUAGCGUUGUUUGUCCGGUGUUCUUUCAAGCUCCCCCUAUCUCUCUUGCAGUUUGAUACUCUGUUUCUUGUUUUGGAUCUCCAUUUUUAAGCCAGAAAUCAUGGUUAAAGGUCCAGGACUUUACACCGAGAUCGGCAAAAAAACCAGAGAUCUUCUAUACAAGGAUUACCAGGGGGACCAUAAGUUCACUAUCACGACCUAUUCACCUACUGGAGUUGCGAUCACAUCAUCUGGCACGAAGAAAGGUGAACUAUUCCUUGCCGAUGUCAACACACAAUUAAAGAGGAACAAUAUUACUACUGAUGUCAAAGUGGACACCAACUCCAAUCUCUCCACAACUAUCACAGUUGAUGAACCUGCACCUGGGCUAAAGGCAAUACUUAGCUUCAAAGUUCCUGAUCAAAGGUCUGGCAAGCUCGAACUUCAAUACUUGCAUGACUAUGCUGGAAUCUGCACAAGUAUUGGGUUGACUGCAAACCCCAUUGUGAACUUCUCUGGUGUGCUGGGAACAAACAUUGGUGCUAUUGGAACUGAUGUUUCUUUUGACACCAAAACUGGAAACUUCAUCAAAUACAAUGCUGGGUUUAGCUUCUCCAAUGCGGAUCUUAUUGCUGCUUUGACCUUGAAUGACAAGGGUGACACACUCAAUGCAUCCUACUACCAUAUCGUCAAGCCCUUGACCAACACGUCUGUUGGUGCAGAGGUGAACCACAGCUUCUCAACCAAUGAAAACACAAUUACGGUUGGUACCCAGCAUUCUUUGGACCCAUUGACCACGGUGAAGGCUCGGGUCAACAACUUCGGCAAAGCAAGCGCACUCAUCCAGCAUGAGUGGCGUCCAAAGUCCCUCUUCACCCUUUCAGGAGAAGUCGACACUAAAGCUAUUGACAAGAGUGCAAAGUUCGGACUUGCCUUGGCUCUUAAGCCCUGAAAUGUUUGCAGGUAGCGACAAGUUGAAGGUUUUUGUUGAACACGUUCUGAUGGGUUUCCUUUCCUAGACUUGGUGGAAAUAAUUUACAGGUGUUGUUUAAGGACCAAUGUCCAUGCUUAAUUACCAAAUUUUUCUGCUUAUUCAUUGUUAACACAUGGAUGGUACCUAUUUUGCAGAGGUUCAUCUUACUACUACGUUCUUUUUGUUUUCAUCAAACUUUGAUUGUUGAGUCUUUGUUUUC